AUGUCUCUCUCACAACGCGUGGUCAUUAUCGGAGCCGGGAUCGUAGGCACCAACCUCGCCGAUGAGCUGGUCUCCCGAGGAUGGAAGGAUAUCACGGUCGUGGAGCAGGGCCCGUUGCACAUGCCGGGCGGAUCGACUUCGCACGCCCCAGGCCUUGUCUUCCAAACAGGUCCCUCGAAAACAAUGGCACAUCUCGCACGGUAUACAAUGGAAAAGUUCCUUUCGAUAGAGAAAGAUGGAUAUAAGUGCUUCAAUCAAGUCGGCGGGCUUGAAGUGGCAACCACUCCGGCACGGCUGCAGGAUUUGAAGCGGAAACACGGAUAUGCCUCGUCAUGGGGAAUUGAAUCCCGGCUUGUGAGUGCUGAGGAGUGCUGCACGCUAUACCCUCACUUGAAUAACGAGAUGGUGCUGGGUGGACUGCAUAUUCCCAGCGAUGGUCUCGCACUGGCAGCUCGAGCAACACAGCUGCUCAUCGAACGGACCAGCAAGGCCGGGGUACGUUACCUCGGCCAUACUCCCGUAACUGGGAUUGAGCGCGACGGUCCUCGUGUAACCGGCGUGAAAACCCCGAAUGGCAUCAUCUCAGCAGACCUUGUGGUCUCUUGCGCUGGGUUUUGGGGCGUUGAACUGGGAGCUAUGGUCGGCGUGGAGAUUCCUCUACUCCCAUUAGCACACCAAUACGCAAAGACGACAGCGGUACCCGCACUCGCUGGACGAACUAUCAACAACCUGCCGAAUGGAAUGAAUGCUACACUUCCAAUCCUCCGGCAUCAGGAUAAGGGUCUGUACUACCGUGAACACGGCGGACAAUAUGGCAUCGGAUACUACGGACAUCGUCCAAUGCCGGUCGUUGCAUCGUCACUGGGAUUGACGCCAAAGCACGUCGAUGAGAAAAGCAUGCCCUCUCGGCUGGAUUUCACAUCCGAAGAUUUCGAUCCCGCGUGGAAAGAGAGUCAAAAUCUUCUCCCCGCGCUCCGGGAAACAGAUAUCGCUGAUGGCUUCAACGGCAUUUUUCUCUUUCACGCCCGACGGUGGGCCACUCCUUGGGCAACCAUCUCACCUCGACGGCUUCUGGGCGUUGCCCGAGCUCUCGCCCAGAUCCUCACAACCGGUCGAUCUGACAUCGACGUCUCCGAAUGCGAUUUAUCCCGUUUUGAAGAAGUCCAACUCAAUCAUGACUACGUUAGCGAGACCGGGCAGCAAAGUUUCAGCGAGAUAUAUGACAUUAUUCAUCCUCUCCAGCAGCGCAAGUCACCGCGGAAGUUGCGUGUCAGUCCUUUCUAUGCCCGCCAGUUGGAACUUGGGGCAUUUUUCCUCGAGACUGGGGCUUGGGAGCGGCCAUGGUGGUAUGAAGCAAAUAAAGAACUGGUUCAGGCUCUGCCACCGUCAUGGAAGCCUGUCGAGAGAGAUGCCUGGUCGGCAAGAUUCCAUUCGCCUAUCUCCGCAGCCGAAGCGUGGAAGACUCGGAAUGCCGUUGCUAUGUUUGAUAUGACUGCUUUUCAUCGAUUCGAUGUGUCCGGUCCUGGGGCUCUUUACUUGCUUCAGCGGUUAACGACGGGUGAUAUGACCGCCAAGCCAGGGACGGUUACUUACACUCUUCUUUUAAAUGACCAUGGUGGAAUUCGUGGCGAUAUAUUUGUCCUGCGACUCGACGAGAGCGCGUUCCAGAUUGGAGCAAACACUGCAACCGACUUGGCAUAUCUGAAGAGAGAAGCCCGCAUCCAGGAACAGAACACACCAGGUCAAUGGACCCAGGUCCGUGAUAUCACUGGCAGCACAUGCUGCAUCGGUCUGUGGGGUCCUCGAGCUCGGGAUGUCCUCGCCGGAAUCAGCACAGCCGACAUUUCCAACAAAGGACUUCCCUAUCUUAGCCUCAAGAAGACGAUCCUCGCCGGUAUCCCUGUGACCCUAAUCCGCAAAUCCUCCGUGGGCGAGCUAGGUUGGGAAAUCCAAACCAGCGCCGAAUACGGCCAACGACUAUGGGACACAAUCUGGCAAGCCGGAAAACUGCACGGACUCGUUGCAGGCGGCCGCAGCGCUUUCAACUCCAUGCGUCUCGAGAAGGGAUACCGAACCUACGGUGUGGAUAUGACGACAGAGCACAAUCCGUUUGAAGCGGGGGUCGCCUAUGCCGUGGACGCAAAUAAAAAGGACGAUUUCGUUGGAAAAGCCGCUUUCCAGCGUCUGUCUAACCAGGUACCUUCUCGGCGACUGCGAGCUUUGAUCAUCGAUGAUGGUCGCUCGGUGGUUCUCGGCAAGGAGCCUGUGUUUUAUAAUGGCAAGGCGGUCGGUUAUGUCACUACUGCUGCAUUUGGGUACACUAUUCGCAAGCCGAUUGCGUAUGCCUGGCUUCCUGGUGAUGUAAACGAGGGUACGACUGUGGAGAUUGAGUACUUUGGGAGACGGAUUCGAGCAACUAUUGUAGCAGAGCCGCUUUAUGAUCCUGAGAUGAAUCGUCUUAACCAGGAUAGCUUGUCUGCUUCAUCUGGGUCUAAAGAUUCUUUCAGGUCGCGACUUUGA